AUGUCGUCAUCCAUUGCUCUUCAUGUCAUAGGACUUUGGCAGUAUGUUCUGUUGGUCCCUUCUGUUUUACAAGAAGGCUCUUUGGAUAAAGUUUGUGCCCAGCUUUUUAAUCUUACUGAAACUGUUGUUUUGCAUGUCUCCAUCAACUCUGGUGAGGUCCAGACCAUAAUAUUUGAAGAGGAGGUUACAGGAGAGAAUUUCUUCAAGUGCCUCAAUUUUGAGGUCCCUAAGGCCGGUUCUGACCCACUGGCUUUUAUUACAUUCUCUGCUAAAGGAGCCACUCUUGACCUUCAUGAGAGAAGAUCUGUGGCAAUCCAGCACACUGAAAAUGUGGUCUUUGUGCAGAUGGAUAAACAGAUUUACAAACCUGGUGAGAGAGUGAGAUUUCGAAUCGUGGCUCUGAAUAAUCUUUUAAAGCCUGUUAAGCAAAUGUAUCCAGUGAUUGCUCUUCAGGAUCCGCAUGGCAACCGAAUACAACAGUGGGACAAUGAGGAGUCUUUUGUAGGUCUCGUGCAACUCUCCUUCCAGUUAACAUCUGAGCCUAUCCUUGGUUGGUAUUCUGUCACUGUGGAGACCCCAUCUGGAGAGAAAGCAUAUCAAACCUUCUCUGUGGAAGAAUAUGUAUUACCCAAAUUUCAAAUGACGGUGGAUGCUCCCGAAAAUGUUUUAGUUGUGGACCCAGAAUUCAGAGUUAAAGUCUGUGCCUUGUAUACCUACGGCAAAGCUGUAGAGGGGAAAGUUCAACUACAAGUAUGCAGGGCGCCUCCUUAUAUUUAUGGUUCUUGCAAAUUUCCUCUCCAAUCACUCUGUGUAAAUUUUACUACUCAGUUAGAGAAGACUGGCUGUGUCUCCAAUUUAGUUAGCACAAAUGCUUUUGAGUUAUAUCGGGAAGGAUACAGGAGUUAUCUUGAAGUACACGUUCGUGUCACAGAACAUGGGACAGGUGUGCAGCUUACAGACUCCAAAUACAUAAACAUAGAUUCAGCAAUGGUGAGGAUUCAAUUUGAGAAUAUGGAUACAGUCUACAAACAGGGAAUCCCAUAUGUUGGCCAGAUUAAAUUGCUUCGUCCAGACAAGACUCCCAUCUCCAAUGAAGUCGUCCACUUGCACCUAAAGGACAAAAUUGUGGGCAACUAUACUACAGAUGUACAUGGCACUGCUCAAUUUUCCUUGGACACAUCUAAGAUGACAUACCCAAAUAUCACUUUGAAAGUGAUUUCAAAAGGUGCAAUAAUUCUUUAUGGACAAAAGAAAAUCAUCAAGCUCAAUAAUGAUGCUUCUGUUUUCACAGAUAUGAAGGGCAUGUUUUCGAUCCCUAUAGAAGCUAACAUCGAAUUAGCUCCCUCCGCUCUCAUGCUUGUCUACACCUUACAUCCUGGAGGAGAGAUGAUCGCUGACAGCACCCAUUUCGAAAUUGAGAAAUGCUUCCAAAAUGAGGUCAACUUAAAUUUUUCUAAAGAUGUAAACUUACCAGGCUCUAAUACUAGUCUUCAAAUCUCAGCUGCCUCAAACUCUCUUUGUGCUCUAUUGGCUAUAGAUGAAAGUGUGUUAUUACUACGGAAUUAUGAUCAACUAUCAGCACAAACUGUAUAUAAUAAGCUACGGUACAGGCAACUAUAUGGCUAUUAUUUUAAAGGAUUUAACUUAGAGGAUGGCCCUAGAGAUCCAUGUCUUCAACAGGAGGAAAUACUUCACAAUGGAAUUUAUUAUGCACCUGAAUGGGCUGACUUUGGAAAAGAUGCAUAUGACCUUGUGAAGGCAAUGGGAUUAAAGGUUUUUACCAACUCUCAUCACCGUAAACCAGUGCUGUGCAAGAAUAUCAGGCAUCCUGGCUAUGAUGUCGAAAAUAUCUCACCAACAAUUUCCAGUGACAGUGCUGCUUACACUAAAGAUUUUGCAGAGUUAGAUUCUUCUCGAUCUUAUACUGACACACUGCGGAAAUCAUUUCCUGAAACUUGGGUUUGGAAUCUUAUCACAACCGACUCCACAGGUAAAGCCAGUCUUCCUCUUACUGUUCCUGAUACUAUUACACAAUGGAAGGCCAAUGGAUUCUGCCUAAAUGAUAAAGCUGGAUUUGGCAUCUCCCCAACCAUCUCGCUGACGGCUUUUCAGCCCUUCUUUGUGGAUCUCACUCUCCCCUAUUCAGUUGUUCGUGGAGAAGCAUUCAUUCUGAAAGCUAAUGUCUUCAACUACCUGAAUAGAUGUACUCAGAUUAAUACUGUACUGAAAUCAUCUAAUGCUUACCAAGCCAGACUUCUCCCAACUGAAGAUAAAAAUGUUUGCAUAUGUGGCAGUGAGAAAAAAUCCUAUUCUUGGCUGGUUACUCCUCAAACAUUGGGUACCAUCAACCUCACUGUUGUUGCUGAAACCUUGCAGGCUAGUCCAUGUGAAAAAGGAUCAUCCAGGUCUCUGAACACUGGCUGGAGAGAUACACUGAUCAAACCACUGCUGGUGGAGCCUGAAGGUAUUGGAAAAGAGUUGACUCAGGGUUCACUUGUUUGCACAAAUGGAUCCACAGUGUCCCAAUCAGUGGUUCUAGCAUCACCAGAAAAUCUUGUGAAUGGUUCAUCUAGAGCGUAUUGGUCUGUUCUUGGGGACAUUCUCGGUUCUGCCAUGCAAAACUUACAGAAUCUUCUCCAAAUGCCUUUUGGGUGUGGAGAGCAGAAUAUGGCUCUAUUCACUCCCAAUAUUUACAUCUUGGACUAUCUAAGUCAGACACAACAACUUACAGAAGAGAUCAAAUCCAAGGCUAUUGGAUAUCUGACCAAAGGUUAUCAGAAGCAACUGUCUUAUAAACUCUCAGAUGGGUCCUAUAGUACCUUUGGACAUGAAGUUCAACAAGGAAACACAUGGCUCACUGCAUUUGUUUAUAAGUCAUUUGCACAAAGUAAACGCUACAUAUAUAUUGAUGACAAAGUUCAGUCCCAGACUCUUACCUGGCUGGUAAAUAAUCAGAAAUCAGAUGGCUGCUUCCUUCAUUUUGGCAAUGUCUUCAACAAUGCUUUAAAGGGAGAAGAAGAUGACAAGAUUUCUCUCACUGCGUAUGUUAUUAAUGCACUGAUUGAAGCUGGUCACCCAAUCUCGUUUGUGGCAAUUCAAAAGGGUCUUCAGUGCAUAGAGGCUGCUUUUAGGAACAGAGCUACUACCACCUAUGAGCAGGCUCUCCUGGCCUAUACUUUCAGUAUAGCAGGCCAUGAAGACAAGCGGGAAUUUCUUAUUGGCAAGCUAAGCAAGAAAGCAAAGAAAGUAGGUGGCUCACUGUACUGGGAACUAGAAAAACAACGCUCACUGGCAGAACCAUCCUCCUUCUACUACCCUUGGGCAUCCUCUGCAGAGAUAGAGGUGACCUGUUACGUCCUGCUGGCCAUUCUUUCUAAGCCACAGCUGACCUCAGAAGAGUUGUCUUAUGCUUCUCAUAUUGUACAGUGGUUGGCAAAGCAGCAAAAUUCCCGUGGAGGUUUCUCCUCCACAAAGGACACUGUUGUGGCUCUCCAAGCUCUCACCCUAUUUCAAAGCCUCACUUUCUCUAAAAGUAGACAAAAUUCAGCGCUGAUAUUCUCUGACCAAGCAUUCUAUAUGGGCUUCCACGUGAAUAAUGAGAACCGUUUGCUGCUACAACAAAUUCCCUUGCCAACAACUAACAGCAACUACAAGGUGGAAGUGAAUGGCUAUGGUUGUGUAUAUGUACAGGUAGAAGUCAGCUAUUUGGGAAGGCGGAACUCUUCGAACAUGGCAAUCAUUGAUGUGAAGAUGCUCUCCGGCUUUGUGCCUGAUAAAUCAUCUAUUGAGAAGCUUCAGAGGGAUGGUAAAGUACAACGAGUAGAAAGCAAAGCCUCCCACGUUUUUUUCUAUCUGGAGAACGUUACACAAAAGGAAAUUAAAUUUUCAUUCUCUGUUGAACAAGAUGCUCUUGUAGCGAACCUCAGGCCGGCAUCUAUUCAGCUCUAUGAUUACUACGAAACUGAUGAAUAUGCACUUGCAGAAUACAACACACCAUGUGACCAGAUGUCUUUUGAAAGUUCCUGGUUCUAG